ACUAGGGAGAAAGGGUAGAACACGUACGUGUGCACCGAAGCAACUUCGACGAAUAGCGUGAAGAGGGUCGGUUCGUGGGCGCGGCGUACGACGCUCUGCGUCGGUUCCGCCCUCGAAAUCCAGGUGGACAGAGAAACAUCUAUCAGAGAAAAGAGAGAGAAACAGAGAGGAAGAAUGGAUUCCCCCAGCAGGUCACAAACCGGUCGCUCGUCAGUCGACGUUCAGUCGACAUUGGCAGUCGAGACGCGCACGUUCAACUGUUUAGUUCGUUUACCUACGCCUAGGAGGUUUGUCCUUUCCGUUCUUCGUGUAUUUCUUUUCUUCUUGCCAGUUGUAUACAGUGUCUUCAAAUUUACGAGAAACAACAGAAAAUUCCGUUAGUGGUUUGGUGUGUAAACAAAGACCGUCAUUGAGUUUGAUGAUUAUCGCAACUGUGUGAAGUUAAAGAGACAUUCGAAAGGUUCGAUUCGAGUUGACAACACAUCCAUCUAUUACAUUUAUAAUAACGGCGGUUGACUAUGAUAAGCUCUCACCAACAGCAUCCCAGCUAUGGGUUCCUCCCCGGCAUGGACCUCCAUUCCAUCCAUCGUGUGAACCAGGAUAUGAACCAGCAGACACCAACCCUGCAGGAGCAACAUAUCAAGAGGCCUAUGAACGCGUUUAUGGUAUGGUCUCGGAUUCAAAGAAAAAAGAUCGCAUUAGAUAACCCUAAGAUGCAUAAUUCAGAAAUAUCUAAACGACUUGGUGCGGAAUGGAAGCUUCUCUCUGAUACGGAAAAACGACCCUUCAUCGACGAAGCUAAACGCCUGCGUGCCGUGCAUAUGAAGCAACAUCCGGACUACAAAUACCGUCCACGAAGAAAACCAAAGAUUCCAGUAGCCAUCGGUAAUGGUAAAACAGUGUCAAUAAAUUCAGGUGCUUUCGCCAAUUUUCCGCUACCUCCAUACUUUGCUGCACCUGCCACAUCAGUCUCUCAUCACCAUCCACAUCCUCUCGAUUAUCCGCCCUUGCCACCCUACUUUGGGUCGGCCUUCGAUCCCGUCCACUUGAGCAAGCUGGUAGCUGGUAGUGGGACAGGAUCACCAUCGACGAACGCGGCAGCAGAUGCGGCCAACAAUAACGCAGCUUCUGCGGCAGCAGUAGUCAGUAGCUUCUACACGGGAUUCUAUUCCACACCUACGUCAGGGGCUAAGCCGUAUCCGACGACGGCGUCUCAUCUGGGACCACUAUUUCCAACUGGGCACCACAGCGUAUCUGCGACUACGCCUCACCCCCCUUUAGUGUUCCAAUCUUCGGCGGCAACUGAUCCCGGAAGCAUUGCAACAACCAGCAGUCCUGGAAGCAGUCCGGGAUCUACUCCUAUACCAUCGUCCCAUCAGCAUGCCCCUACAUCGGCUACACCUACCACGUUGGAUAUGGAACAACUACGUCGACCAGUCCCCGUGAUAUAUUGAACCCAUCGAUUUAAACAAAAAGGAAGAUUAGAAGGGACGGAAAACUUGCAUACAUUCCAGGAACAAGAAGAUAUUAACGAAUGAAAAUGAAUAAAAAUUGGAAAGACAAAAAAAAAAGCAGAAAAGCAGAUGAAACACAAAAUUUGAGAUUCGUUCGCGAUCAAUUAUGAUGUAACUCUAGCAGAAUAGGUAGGAUCGUGCAAAUUUAGUUUUUCAAAAUCGUAUAUCGUGAUCACAUUCAGUUCAUAUCAUAUUUCUGAUCUCCCGCGCGGAAACACGGCGUAAUAUACUUAUAUCGGCAGCGCUCGAGAGCUGAAACACGAGAUACAUACGAGAAACAUCGAUGAACUGAACACACACAAGGGGACACAACCGUGGGAAUCUUUUUACCGAUUACGAAUUAGUUUACUGAUCGUAGGUGGAAGGGGGAACGGAGGCGUGAUUUUCAAGGUCGAUUGAUUCGGGGGUCGGGAAAGGCUUGUUGGCAACCACGCGGAUAAUUGAAUUAGCAUAUUAAUGCGAUGGAACAAAAGAGCCGUUUAGGCUCGGGAUUCGUUUUACUUUAUUGAAUGUGCUUCAUUGUAUACUCAAAUUUUACAUGAAUAGACGGUGCCCUCUCGUAAGAUGAACUGUAUUGUUUUCAAAUAAUGUUUUUUAAUUGCAGAUAUGCCUUUUACGGUCAUCAAUACCAAAAGAGAUCUUGACCUGCGUGAAUGAUAUCGAGAAAAUACUUUCGAACACCCGCGGCGCGGCGCUCUUGAAAUCACUUCUGGCGUACUACCUUUCUCCGAGCUCUAGGCCUUACGAUCUAUUGUUCUACUCCUUUGAUUUCGAACAGGCACCGACUUACCUACGUCGAUGAAAAUGGCUUGGUCCGUCCACGCUUUACGCCCCACUACUCGUUCUUGACUCUCGAGCGUUACCAUAUAUCGUUUUAAUAUAUCGUUUCUACGAUUGUAAAUAGUCCGUAAAAUACACGAAUCGCGUAGGUUAAGUGUACGAGCCGUUUUCGCUUAUGGUUUUUAGAAAUUAGAUAUUUUGUAAAACAGCGCGUCCUGUGUAUCCGUCAGAUCUUAUUUUGCUCAAUGACUCAUUCGCAUUCGGCUAAGCAAGUAGACAGAUUGGAACUUUUUACUCAAAAUUCCAAAAAAACUCUUCUGUAUAAAUGUGUACAAGUAAGAACUGUAUGAAAAAAACAGGUAAUGACUAACGUAGAGCGAGAUCUACGGACAGCGGGCUCGUUUUAAGCAAACGAUCGUAUCAUCUACCUUGAAGACCUAAAACGACGAAUUCGUGAAAAGCAAACGAUAUUCCUAUUCUGUUAUGGGGUUUAACUUAUAUUAGUUAAUAUUAGAUGAAUUAUAUAUUAUGUUAUAUUAUAUAUUUACGAUUAUCCCCGGAAAUGGUGUUUCCAACGACAAAUGAGUAAAAAUUCUUGGAUUUUAUGUAUUCUUAUUGUGCUAUUAGCAUAUAUAAUCAUAUCUGGACAAUAAUUACUUUUAACGAAUUAAUCAAACAAUUUUUUCGUGAAAGUACGUACAGGUACGACAGUAAGGAUAUGUAUUGUCUUCGAGUCGUUUCUUGUUAGUUGUUCGCAGCACCAUUUUAUUAGACUCAUCUUGAAAGCAUUUUGACUAUGGUCCAAAUGUAGAUGGACCAAUCGUUAACUGUGAUUUUAUUGAGAGUUUCCACGUAUACUUGUAUUUCUCACGGGUACUUAUGACAAAUCCACGCGUACGUGUUUUUUCGUAGUUUUAAAUAGUUGAUAUUUGUGUACCACUUGUUCUGACUAAAGCACGCACACGUAAGAUAUUGUUGUAUCGUAAUUAAAGUUAUUUAAAGGGGGGAAAUGAGAGAGAUUGUGUCUGAAAAAUACAUUCGUGUAUUAUAAUAAAUUUUUAUCCCUUAAUCUUUAUCUUCAUUCUUUUACUCCUAGAUUUGUUUAUGUAUGGAAUAUAUGUAUAAUACUAACUAUAUGUCUAAUGUUGCGUACACACGUUUUAAUAUUGUAGUGUAUAAGUGCGAGAGCGAAAACCAAAAUUGUCGACGUGAUCGAUAAGAGUGUAUAUAUGUACAUAUAUAAGUUCGUCCAUCAUACGUGUAUACAUGUGUUAAGUCCAGGUACAAUUUGUGUUUCGUUAUAAAUAAAUUGUUAUUAUUUGUCCGAAGCACGGCUGUGUAAAAUACAUUUAAUGUGAAUGAUGUUCGUUGAGCGAUCGAUCGAAAUUCACACGAGCUGGUUUCAUUUUUAACAGUGAUUUAUCGAACAGAGAGAAUUUUAUCAUCGACAACGAUCAACGACGGGGGUCGAUGAAAAAAAGGAACAAAGCCUUUUAUCAUAUAUGUGGUUUUAUUUAUUAUUACUUAGACAUCAAAGUAAUAAAUGACUCUAUGAAUUUCAGUAAUCAA